AUGUCUGGCCGGUUCGUCUCCGGCGGCACGAUAACUUCCAGCGGUGAGCCUACCACGGAUGAGAGCGGCCAUGAGGCGGUGGUGGCGGCCGCGAGGGAGCCGCUGAUGAAGAAGAAUGCCGAGUGGGAGGCGGUGCAGCACGAGCUUGAGGAGGACAGGAAGAAGAGGGAGCAGGCGAGGGCGGAUUUGGCGGGGGAAGGGCAGCAGAGCUUGUAUGAUGUAUUGCAGGCGAACAAAGCGGCUAAGCAGGCAGCUUUUGAAGAGCAGCUCAAGCUGAAGAAUCAGUUUCGCGCCCUGGACAAUGACGAGAUUGGCUUUUUGGAUGAGGUGAGGGCCAAGGAGAAGGCGGAUGAGGCGCGGGCGAAGAAGGAGCUGGAGAAGGGGUUGAAGGCCUUUCGGGAGAGGCAGAAGAGCACUGGCGGGGAGGCCUCUGCGGCUGCGAAUGAGGAUGAAGGGCCGAGAGGGGGAGAGGAUGAGGAGUGGGCUGUUGGGGGGAGGAAGAGGAAGAGGCAUGAGAGGGAAAUGCUGGGCGUGAAGAAGAAGGCUGUGAGUAAAGGGGGUGAGAAGGAGGAGGCUGCAACGACGGGGCUGGGACUCGUGGGGUAUGGCUCGGACUCGGAUGAGAGUGGUGAUGA